ACAUCUGAUACAUCAAUACCGACAUCACGAUUUUUUGAACAAUUUCAUUUGUGGAUUAUUCGAUAUUAAUCGAUUUGCCAAAUUUUAUAUUUGGUUUAUCUUUAGGUAGAUCAUAUUAUUUCCAUGAAUAUCAUUUCAUCAUGAAUGUCCAUAAGCACACACAUCAUCACAUACACGAAUUCAACACUCUUCCUCUUGCUCAAUUUGAACGAACUCGUGAUGCGGGCAAUACUGCGAUUACGAGACCACAGGUACAUAUUCCGCUUAUCUAAUCACUAUUUGUCUUUUAAAUUAAAGUUGUGGGAUAGGAAAUCGCGCAUUUCUCUUAUGAUGACAAUCAUGAAUUUCGUUUAGAUGAUUCCUCAAUCCGGUGGUAUUAUCCACCUGAUUUAGGAACGGAUUUGAAUAGGGGAUUUGAAACAUUUCGCAAACAUGAUGAUUCGAAGGAUGAACAUCUAGAUUCGUUGUUGAGGGCGUUGAUGGAAAAGGAGAAAGUGACGAAUGUUAAGACGGAGGCGGAUGUUAUUACUUGGAGGGGGAUGAUGACAAAGGUUCGUCCUUGGGAAGUAUGGAAUUGAGGAAGUGCUGAUAAGCGGUGCUAUAGAUUAUAGCUAGUUUAUUUGAUUCUAGAGAUGGCUUUCAAAUGAAUGCUACGUGUUUUGAGGUGAGUGAGUAAUGAGUGUGGGCUUUUUGGAGUUUUGGGACUAAUAAUUGAGGUGAAGGGGACUGUGUAUGCUUGACGAUAAAUUAUUUUUUUAUGAGCAUAAGGCUGAUUUUUCCAGCUUUAUUGAGGAGGAUCACCAGUAUAAAGUAAAGACUAGAGCUAGACAAGAUGCACGACAGCGACCUCAACCAGGAAGGCCUUCAGGUGAUGCAAUGAGUUUUUGGGGUAGGUCUACGGUAUCCUGAAUGCGUUUCUAUCACUUUCAUUGACCGAAGAUAGGAUAUAAAUUUGAAACUUUAUGCCUUAUGCCCAGGCCUUGGCCAGAAACUUCUCGAGAUUAUAUCGAAAAUCGAGAUAAUGAGAUUGUCAAUAACCAUGCCCAGUACUGCUCAAUUGUAAAAACGAAAAUCGGAGGGAACUGUUUAGUUAUUGGUGGAGAAGUCGAUGGAAGUAUGUUCAAAGCUUGUCUUUCAAUUAUUCUUGUCUAACAGUUUUCGGCAGUAUACAAAGGCUCAAAAUCUCAAGAUGGAAAAUCCACCGAAUGGGUUGAGCUGAAAACUACUAUGACUCCUAGACAUCGGGGAGAUGAACAGAACUUUGAGAAGAAGCUUCUGAAAUUCUGGCUUCAAUCAUUUUUACUUGGAGUUCCUCAUAUUAUAGUUGGAAAACGAAGCCCUGAUGGAAUUCUUCAAAGCAUUGAACGGAUCAACACGGCACAGAUACCUGGGAUGGUAAAGAAAAGGGGCAAUAAUUCAUGGGAUGGGGAUAUGUGUAUCAACUUUGCAAAUCGAUUUCUCGAAUGUGAGUGCAUAAGUUUAUUCCCUUUCUACCCGACUAACAACUAUAGUUCUGAAAGCUACAGUCAUUGGCGAUGGCGUAUGGAAGAUCCGAAGAAGGGAAAAGUCUAUGGCCAUCGAAGUGUUCAAAACUGAAGAAGUGAAGGGACAUGGGGGCAUCCUUUCUGAUCAAUUCGUUGAAUGGCGCAAUACAUUUAAUCGACAAACGGCACAUGAUUCUCAUGUCACAAAUAACACAGUGCAGAUGAACGGUAUGAAGAUCGCUGCAGGAGAUGCACCUGAAUCCGUUUUGGACGAUGUGCUGUGAAUUCUGAGUUGAUUGAUACGGGCUUGAUGCAGCAGUGAAUAAUCACAUAGCAUCAAUAGCUCCGACUUCGGACACGCCUUGGACGCAAGAAAAGCUCGGACACGUCAAAUUGAACGGGAAAGAACAGUAAGAAUCGAGUUCUCGGGGAAGGAGAAGAGAUCUUUUGUUCGGAGCCUGAGACACGGCUUGCUUCUUUUAUCUGACACGGCCAUGCGCCUCCCUUAAACAUUCGGGACCCAUUCUGUUGAGAUCACCUGAUGAUCUUCCCCGGACUUCCCCUCCAAAAAAUCAAAGCUGGGGAAUCCGGUGAGAAAUGUAGAUGCAUCACCAAGUUUUAAUUGGCCAAUUGAGGAGAUAUAUAUAACAUUUGGUAAUAAAGCAGAAAGAUUGAGAGAACAAUUUGAUAUUGGAAAGAUUUUAUAUCGUGCCUUCCUUCCUCAACCUUCCGACAUGGCUUGGUUUUGAGUUUAUAAAAAGAGGAAGUGAUAUUAAAUUACUUUCCACCCGUAUAUACACGGCCUUGACCCACUCAAUCCAUCCGAGUCAAAUUCAA